AAAUAUAAUUAGUGCAAACAUUUUUUUUUUUAUAAAUGGCUUAUGUAGUUUUGUGGAAUUUAAUUAUUUUUACAUUAUUGAUUGUUUGUUUUUCAUGUGCAAAUCUAGAUUCAGUUUCAAAAAAAUUAGAUGCACAGUCAAAAACCCGUAUAGACAUAUUUGUUAAAACUAUUAGACAACUACAAAGAUGUUAUUUAUGGUCUAAGACACUGCCUUAUAAAGAACAGUUAGAUUAUCUAGUUACACUACAGCGCAAAAUUAUUUUUGAUGUGAAUAUUGAGAGUGAUGAUUUUUACCUUAAACGUCGGAAAUCGCCCAUUGAAAGAAACCCCAAAAAGUUUAAGUGUUCGGUCAGUCCAAAAUAUUAUGGUUUUUACUUUGGUUCUCCAGCUAUUGUUGGCUUAUGUUUUUUAGGUUGUGUCACUUGCGUAACAAUAUUUUACUGGCGAACAAGAUGUAAUGAACAUGAUCAAAUUUUUUAUUAAUUAAGAGUGUAAAAUACAUAAAUUAUGUUUGUUUGAUAAAUAACGUAUUUAAGCUUCAAAGUAAAGCUGCACAAAUUUAGUUUUUAUAAUGAUGUGUUUUUAUGG